ACCGCCUCCGUUCCGCUGCCAGUCGGGGCACGCUACCGCGCAGGCAUCUGUCAUGACGGCCCCUUUCUUGACGCAGAGCCACGCAUUCUUUCAAGAACCGAGGAAGCGACGAAGAAAACGAAGACGAAGAGCACGGGCCAAUGUUCUGUCACGCCUGUGUUGGCGAUCCCGUUCCCAACCACGUCUCCGUUCCGUGAGCUCAAGUCGCCGAAAGGAGUGGAAGGACACGACCACCGUGAUGUCCGACGCGACCGGUGGGCUCACGCUACUCCACGUACCUGUGCUUCCGAGCACAGCAGCGGCUAGUGGCGGCGAGACCACCACGAGGGACCCGUGGCCAGUCGAGACGCGACCAUUGGUGCAAGAAGACACCUGCCCUCUCGAUUCAGGGCUAUUAGGCUUGGAAGCAACACUUCUGCCACAGCAGGCAUGCCGGUGGGAGCUACGGACGCUGGCGGGAGAUCAGAGCGACGGACAAGCGCCGAGACGUCGCUCCUGGGGUCGUCCACGUGCGUAUCCUCGACAAGCAGGUCAACACCAUAGUCAUCUGGAAGAGGAUCGUCGCGUCCGCUGCAGUGGACAGGGUUGCGUGCUGGGCGUCCUUCCAGCGGUGAACAACUGUGGCUGAGGCACCUCGUCACCUGGGGCUGUGCUGAGUCCCACGAACUCAACGUACAGCUCCGAGUGGGGU